UCCAACGUGAUCAUGUUUCCCUCUGCUAUGCUCUGCAGAUUUGGGCAGCGCAGUUUGUGUUCUCUUCGUUCCCACGGUAGUUUUUACCGGACGUUUCUCCUUGCGUCUGCUCUCGGUUCUCUUCGGGCAAUGUCCUCGGAUGCCGGCGACAGUGGCGGUGCGAAAUUCGCCUCUGUUGAUUUCGAGAUAUUUGGAAACGUGCAGGGUGUCUGCUUCAGAAUGUACACGGAGGACCAUGGCAAGAAGCUGGGCCUGAGCGGCUGGGUGAAGAACACCAGACAGGGUACGGUGAUCGGACAGGUGCAGGGGCCGCCGGACAAAGUCAACGAGAUGAAGUCCUGGCUGAGCAAAGUGGGCAGUCCCAGCUCCCGCAUUGACCGCGCCGACUUCACCAACGAGAAGGAGAUUUCCAAGCUGGAGAUCCACGGAUUUGGCACCCGAUAUUGAUAAGAAGGAAGUAAAUUGAAGAGUUCAGAUGCAAAACCCCCUAAGUGCCUUUUCAGAAAAUAAUCUUAAUUCAUUUUUAUUUAAUACAAAGCUAUCAAAAUUGCAUAUGUUUUUAUUUAAUUUAUAUAAUAUAACUAUUUAUAUGUAUUAUCAAGUACAUGAAUGUAAACCAAACCAACAACGGGGUUAUCUAAAAAGAUAGAAGUGCAGGUCUUCAGAAAUGGAGUUAGGGGGUUUUGCAUCUGAACUCUUCAAAUAGACUGAUAACAAAAAAACAAUAUCGAAAUACAUGGAUUGAUGAGGUUUUAGUAGUAGCACACGUCAGGGUCGUGUAACCACAGCUAAUGCCUGUAUGGAUUCUUCUUUGUUUUUGUUUUUAGUGGGUUAUCUAAAAAACAUAUGCAUUGCAGUACAUUAAUCAUUUAUCAUUAGCUGUAUGACGUGACAUCUGAGCCCAAGAAAAUGUCAUUAACCCACAUGGAUUUGGCACCCAAUAUUUAAAAAUUAAUUAAAUUAAACAAUUUCAAAAUACAUACAGUAGGCCUAUAUUAAAAACAUAGAAAAUAUGUAGCCAUGUUCCAUCCAUAUGUGUCACUGGCGAUGAUGAGGUCACCUGUAGUUUUGCUAAGUAGUAAGUCAUAAGUACUGUAGAUGCCAUCACCAAUGCUGAGUCUCGAUACUGUUACUAUUGACAGUGAUGUGCCACCUGGAUUCAGAGCUACAAUUCCAGUGCCACAUAUUCCAAAUGACCUGAUUUUACCAGUCCAUUUCAGCCAAUGAUUGCCUGAUCGAAUGAUCACCUGGUAGCAUUGGACAGGUCAAAUCAGGUCAUUUGAAAUAUGUGACACUGAAAUGAAUCCUGGUUGACCAUCACUGUGUAUUGAGGUAGUUGUAUAAACAGUAGCCCACUGUUGUUAUGCUUUGGAAAAACAACAUGCUUUUGUUUACAAUGGAAAGAAAAAAGAUAUCCUUUUCAUCCACUCCUUUAAGCUACAAAUAUAGUAUACGUACAGUAUAUCGUACAUUUUCAUACCGUUUUCUUUCUUAUAUGAAGUCAUGUGCUUUUGGACUGAAGUCAGUAUUGUUCCUAACGAUCUAUGCAAGAAGGGAACUGGAACUGAUAAAAUAAAUAAAUAAAUAAAUAAAUAAAGUCAUGCUCUAUGUACCUAUAAGGUCAGAGCCUAGAACUACUGUUGAAAUGACUGUCACUUGAAAAUAAAACUGUCACUUGAAGUAAAAGUGUUUUGUGUAGAAUGACGGAAGUGUAGGACUGCAAUAACAUGUUGAAUCUUGCCAAGCUCAAACCCUGAAAAUGCACUUUUAAAUAAAAUAACACUGUUCCUGUAUCAAACCACAUCUCAUUCUCU